GCCGCCGUGCGACGCGAGGGUGGGCGGGACCGCGCAAGCGCGCAGCCCGUCCCGGCUCUGGAGCAUAAACAAGAGUGGGGACGGGAUGAGGCGGCAGUUGGUCCCCGCGCAGCGAGAGGCGGCGAGCGGGGCGACCUGCCGGACCGGACGUCGAUCCUGAGUGUAGCGUGCUCCCGCGGGCCGCCCGAGUCGAGCUGCGCGCGCUCCCGCCAAGGGGGGUCCGAGGCCGUCGCGCGCUCGCAGCCAUGAACCUGGCGAGCCAGAGCGGAGAGGCCGGCGCCGGCCAGCUGCUGUUCGCCAACUUCAACCAGGAUAACACGUCCCUAGCUGUUGGUAGUAAGUCCGGGUAUAAGUUUUUCUCCCUUUCUUCUGUGGAUAAGCUGGAACAGAUCUAUGAAUGCACUGACACUGAAGAUGUCUGCAUUGUGGAGAGAUUGUUCUCAAGCAGCUUGGUGGCCAUUGUCAGCCUCAAAGCUCCCAGGAAGCUGAAGGUUUGCCAUUUUAAGAAGGGAACUGAGAUAUGCAACUACAGCUACUCCAACACUAUCCUGGCUGUGAAGCUGAACAGGCAGCGGCUCAUUGUGUGUCUGGAAGAGUCGCUCUACAUACACAACAUCCGGGACAUGAAGGUACUUCAUACCAUCCGAGAGACACCCCCAAACCCUGCAGAGAGCUGCAAACAUGAUCCCAGCUCAUGAUAGUCCCUUAGCAGCCCUGGCUUUUGAUGCAAGUGGGACCAAGCUUGCCACUGCUUCUGAGAAGGGGACUGUGAUUCGGGUGUUUUCCAUUCCAGAGGGACAGAAGCUGUUUGAGUUCAGGAGAGGAGUGAAGAGGUGUGUGAGCAUCUGCUCCCUGGCCUUCAGCAUGGACGGCAUGUUCCUCUCCGCAUCCAGCAACACCGAAACAGUGCACAUCUUCAAACUUGAGGCUGUGAGGGAAAAACCUCCGGAAGAGCCCACCACCUGGACUGGCUACUUUGGGAAGGUUCUCAUGGCAUCUACCAGCUACCUGCCCUCACAAGUGACAGAAAUGUUCAACCAGGGCAGGGCCUUCGCCACUGUCCGCCUGCCAUUCUGUGGCCACAAAAACAUCUGCUCACUAACCACAAUUCAGAAGAUCCCACGGUUGCUGGUAGGAGCAUCAGAUGGCUAUUUGUACAUGUACAACCUGGACCCCCAGGAGGGAGGCGAGUGUGCGCUGAUGCGUCAGCACAGGCUUGAUGGCAGUAUGGAGACGACCAGUGAAAUCGUAGACUCUGCAUCUCAUGACUGCCCCUUAGCAACACAGACGUACGGCACAGCAGCUGCCAAAGGUGCCUAUGUGCCCUCGUCCCCCACAAGACUUGGGAAAGGGCAGGACGCCAACUUAGAAGCCUACACAGAUGACCUGGGUGCUGUGGGUGGUGCAUGCCUAGAGGAUGAAGCCAGCGCUCUGCGCCUGGAUGAAGACAGCGAACAUCCUCCCAUGAUUCUCCGGACUGACUGAUCCUGACCUGUGAACUCUGGCCCAGGAGCAGACAACACUGCCUGGCUGAGGACUUGAGCAUUGCUGCUAUGAACUUUGACCUGAAUUGAGGGAGAGGAUGGCAGAGACUUAAAGCAGAGGUUGUAGUUAUAGCCUAUCCAUACUGUUGAGAAAAUACAGUUUUCACUUCAGUGACUUUAAUCCUGCUUAUGAAUUUAGCUUUUUAUUUUCUCUCACUCUUUAAUUUUUUUAAUCUUUUUUUUUCUUUUUUCUUUUUCUUUUUUGCCAAAAUUAACUAUUUGGUGAAGUCUGUGGAGUCUCCUUGCUUUGCAUGUGUGAUGUGCCAAGCCAGCAUAGGAGAGCAAGUGGAGUGGCCACUCCAUAGCAAACCACAGUUGUCAGGUCUCAUGCCAGGGCACGCAUGAAGAAGUCUGCGUGCAGUGAUUCUGCAGGGACAGGGCCCAUGUGCCCACCAAGACCAGCCAGGGCACCAGUGGACAGUGGCCUCUGUCAGGAGUCCUCUUGCCCUACUGCCCCACCUGGGCCAUUUUCCCUCCCAAUUUAUUAAACUCUUUCCAGAUUGGAUCAUUCUGGGACUAGCUUCCUCCACGGGGGGACUGUUGUUCUGGGUCUUAGUCUCCAUGGGCAUCUUGAGAGGGAGAGGGGCAGUUUCUGCUCUCUGUGCCUUCUCUUCUGACAGGUGAACUUGGCAGUCUACCAGGGCAGCCUGGAACCAAGAAAGGUGAUGUCGUCAGUGUCGUUAAAUGCUCUGUCUCCUCCUGUCCCCAUCCAUAACUGUGACUUGGCUUUUUGUUUUUUUUGUUUUUAAAGGAGAGUCUAUAGCUACUCCAAUUCCCAAAAAAGCACAAAGGUGUAAGAUGCUAGGUCAGGGUCAGCCUCUGCGGACCUGGAGCAGUGGUGUCUGCCAGAGGCUCUCCUCCCUCCCCAGACAUAGCAGAGAGUAGAGGGGCCCCUCCCCCUCCCAGGGAGGCGGCAGGAGAUUCCCUCCCGGGGUGAUGUGCCUUUUCUUUUGGUCUUACAAGGGCAGGAAAGUGAGGUCAGAUGUCAGUGCUGCCCUGUGCCUGUCUGCUUUUGAUUGUUUGCUAUUUGGGGGGAAGGUGUGGUCUCACACUACACCCCAGGCCCUGGAACUCACUAUAUAGCCCAGGCUGGUCUCAGACUCAAAGUAGUCCCCCUGCCUCAACUUCCUGUGAGUUGGAAUUACAGGUACUGCUGUGCUAGGCUCCAUUCUCAGCUCUAUAGAAUAAAAAGUUGAGGUCCUCAAAUCUGCAUUCUAAAGAACAGAGCCUAACAGUGGAGCCCAAGGGCGUGGCUGUGGCUUCUGCAUGACUAUGGCUUUAGGUGCAGGGGUUUUGGAGUAGGAAAUCUGGAUAAUGUUGGGGUACCAGGUUAAUCCAGCCGGAUAAGAGGGACUACAGGUAGCUGCCUUCAGGCCUGUGUGGUUAUGUCUGGUAGAGUAUAUCUGCAGGGUGCCUGUAGCUAAAUCUGCUGAGGUUCCCUGUUUCUGCUGUUCAAGGAUAGCUAAUCACAUAAUUGGGGUUUGAGGGGCGCCCACUGUUAGCUCUGGCUGCUGUUGGCACCUGUGCCCUGGAGCAUCCGAGGAGCCAAACAGUAUGAGGCAGGGUUAGGCUGCGUGUGCUGGACUUUAAACUAUGAAUUUUCUGGACCCUAAUAACAUGGGACCCCAGCCUGUGGCCUAGUUCAGUGACUGCUUCACUGGGAGACUAAAACUGGCCUUCACAGGAACCGACUGUGGGAAGCACACGGGGCUGAUUGGGAGCCGGGGUUUCCUGGAACCAAAGAGUGUGGCUGUUGUGCUGGUGACCUUGGCUUUGUGCUCUGGGUUUGGAGCUCAGCUCCCUCUGCUGAGGCCUCUCUAGGGAGCUGGGGUCUCACAGACAGUGGAGUUCACGUCUCCCUAAAGCAUAGGUUUCCUCACUUGGAAACUUGGUUAGAAAAAGGCCGCUCCUGGGGUCUGGGGCUGUGCCUUCCAUCAGUGGUCUUGCCAGGCUGUGCAAAUUUGGUGAGCCUUCCUCUCUUGGGACAGAUGUGCCCGUGCAUCCCACAGAGGUCAGAAAAGCAAAGGAUUAGGCUGUGACCUCAGGCAAUCUGUACAGCACUCGCAGGCCUCAGGUGAGGGAGGAGAGAGUGGCUGGCUGAGGUCAGCACUCACUGUUGGGAUGCACACGGUAGAGCCAAGCCUCAGCAGGGCUCAGGUUCAAAGGUAAGAACAUUUUGGAAUCCGGUGUGGCACACACCUGUAAUCCCAGCAGUCAAGAGAGUGAGGCAGGAGCAUGGCUGUAAAUUUGAGGCCAGUCUAGACUAUAUACUCCUGGGCAAACCUGGCCUACAGAGUGAGACCCUGUCUCAAAAAACCAAAGGAUGAUGACUUUAAGAAAAGAAAGAAACAAAACAAAAACAACGGGGAAUGGGAGUUGUAAAACCCCCCAAAAUUUUAAGAUUAGUAUGGAUUGGGACCAAAGCUUUUGUAUUUUCUCAGACAAUGAAAGCAAGAGUUGGAGUCCCUUGUCCUGCCUACACCAACAAGUGUGAGCUAGGGGCAGGUCUCAGGGGUCUGAGGUUGGACUGUACGAGAACCCUACCUCACAGGGCUGUUGUGAGGUGUGUGGGGGCAUGUCCUGUGGGUACCCAGUGCUGGGGCUGGCCAGCAGUGGACUCCAAUAAACACUAAAACUGAAA